AUGCCGUAUAUGCUGGUAUCUACGCAAAUUCGACUUGAAGCUGGACCAACAUACGUUGGAGAUGGCGACAGUGACAUAGAUUUGAUGGGAAGGUUACAAGCUAAACCAUCUCAACAGCUGGGAAACGAGUUUGAGUAUUCUACUCCUCUAUCUCCUCGCUUAGUCCUAAAUCUUUUGGAAAAAGAAGGUUGGAAGGUUAUUGGCAUGGCGGGCAUAGGACAAACAUGUGCAUGGACCUUAUAUAAGGACAAAUGA